UUGAAAAGCUCCUUUCACUGAACAAAAUGACGCAAAUUCGACAGUUAUUUCCCUCGAGUAAUGUUUCUUAUUUUACUACAAGUUCAUUUUUGCUUCUUUUUGCAUCCAAUUUACGUUUUUCCACUUUUAAAAUAAAGAACCCAUUGAGUUAAAAACUAUGCAAUUUCCUUUAAAAUGGUUUGUAAAAAAACAAGCCAUGUGUUAAAUCUCAAUAAUACCUGUACAGUUAAUGUAAAAUAUAGCUUUACCCCAGAAAACAUUUUUUAUCAGGAGGAGUAACUUUCCGCCCAAUGAGUUUUCUGGUCAGGCUAAUAAUGGACAAUGUUGUCAAUAUAAAUCUGUUUUGCUGAUCCAAACAGACGAAGAAACAAUUUUGAUUUUUACAAUUCUUCCUUCAUUAUUCAGACCACCCGAUUUCGGAAUUUUUAGCUUAGAAAACUUGGAAACUUUAGCAUACAUAUUAAUUUCAUGGAUUCCAGAAGCGGAAACAAAAGCGCCAGAAUGAAAUUUUUGCAUCUUUUCAUUCAGGAAAUAUCCUUGCUCCUCGAGGACUCCACCGCGCAUGGAAUGGAGAGAAUUGGAUCGGGACCGCGUAAAAGGUCAAUCUUCUGGAUCCUGACCUUCUUUCUGUCCAUGUUUAUGGUCAGCAGCCAGUGCUGGACACUGAUUGGUCAAUAUCUGAGUUACGGAAAGACAGUUUCAAUUGCGCUGAGGGAGGAAAAAUUGCCCCAAUUUCCGUAUAUUACCUUUUGCAGUGAGUUCUUUGUUCCUGAUGAUGUUGAGCCGAGUCCAUACUUCGUGGAAUUGACUAAACUGGCGAAAGAACACAUCACAGCUCAGCAAGUGGACAUCAGCACAGAGACGGAUAUCAACAAGAUCCCCGAGAUCAUGGAAGCCUACAACGUCGGCAACAUCUCCGCCGAACACAUGGUCGACAUCUGGUACGAACUAAAGGAACAGAUGUUCAACAUCACCGAUUACAUGCGCUACCCCGGACGCUACAACUUCUCCGAUUUCCUGGAAUUGCAAGAAAUGAUGUCAUACUCUGGACCCCACAAGUCAUACGCCAUGUCCAAACUCCACCCGGAGAGCUACUUCUUCGACUGCUCUUUCAGAGGGAAGCCAUGCAAUUUCAGUGACUUUUCAGUUCAGAAGAGUGACUCUUAUGGCAACUGUUUCACCUUCCAGUCUCCCGAAUAUUCUGACACGCCGCAAGACUCGCCAAAGGGACUCCCUGGUCUCAAGUUAAAAGUGAGGUUGCCCGAGACCUCCGAAAAAGCGAGAGCAGCCACGAAAGCAAUCCGCAUAUCUGUUCACGAUGCAAACCAACUGCCCUCUUUUGCCGAAGACAGAGGGUUGUUCACGCCUCUGGGCAUCGAUGCCCUUAUCAGAUUCAACCAGAAGGCACUUCUUCGAUACGACAACAGGCGUGAACACUGUAGUGAUGUCUGGCCUCUUCAGAGUCGUCAGCUGGAUGGACUGGCAUACAGCGACAAAGUGUGUCGCAAACUCUGCAUCGAGGAUUCUCUCUACGAUGAAUGUGGGUGUGCUCUGUCUGUUCUCUAUAAAAACAUCUACCCUCAAAGACAGAAAUGCAUGCUGGCCGAAAAUGGAUCGCAUCAUCUCUGUUGGCAACAGUACUCCUCUCGUAAAGUGGACCACGCAGUUCCUCAUAAGUGCGAUCAGAGGUGUCACUUGCCAUGCCGGGACACCCAGUACGAGUUGGCUCUAUCGGCUGCCAAGUACCCACACAUCAACUCAAUAGUUCCAGAACUGUUGAGUUUGAUGCGCAGCAGCAACUCCCUCGUGCGAAACGACUCCAAGACAUUCCUGUCAGACCUCGCCCACCUCUUCAACAGUUCACAAUACCCCUCAUGUGAACAGAUUUUGAACAAAAACCCAGAUGUUAAUGUAUACAGUCUGGUCUCUUGUUUUAUUCACUAUAAUCCACUCAAGUGGUUCGAUGAGAUCAAAAAACAAGAUGGCAUCAAUGAUUUACUCGACAAGAUAAGGUCGAUGUAUGCGACGAUUCACGUGACAGAAGCAGUGAAUGACCAUGAAAUUCAGACAGAAAAGCCAGAGAUACAGUUUGAGAAGCUGCUUGCUGAGAUCGGAGGAGUUCUUGGACUGUGGGUCGGCAUCUCAAUAAUCACACUGAUGGAGUUCCUCGAAAUCAUCGUGUUCUCCGUUUACUUCCUCCGCAGCUCCUGGAACUGGCUCUCCAAAAUACCCAAGAACGCCAUAACCACGUCCAAAAACAAUGGAAGUACUUUAAAUCCUGUUACGCACAAUUUCAACCGCGCUUCUCCUACGAAAAGGGGUGUGGAACACCGAGAGUUGACAACUUACGUGAAUUGCUAUGUUAAAGAAUCUCCAUCGGCCAAAUCUUCACAGCAAAGUGGAAACGAUCUUUUAGUUCCGAGGUCCAACAGACAAAUUCCAGUUUUCACUAUUGAAAAAAAGGCCGAAGAUGAAACAAGUUUUGAUUAAG